AUAUUCGUAUUGAAAGUCUGCCAGUAAUAACCAACUCGCCAAAAUCCAUCGAUCUACCUCAAUCAACAAUCGACGUACCAAAGUUCUCCCAAUUUUAUCCGAAAAUGGCAUUAAUUGAGAUCAUUGUGCUUGUAAUUGUUUGCAUAUUGUGUUAUUGGUUCUUCAAACACGAUAACAAAACGGAUGAAAAGAAGCAUAAGUUAGUAUAUGAUCACUGGUCUCCGUCUCCUGAAAUAUCGACACCUCCAUACAAGUCUUGCCAAAGCAGCAUAAUGUCGUCUCCAUCAGUCAGCCCAUUGACAAAAAAGAGGAUACAACGCCAGCUUCCAAAUGCAGAAAUGUGUAAAAUUUGCCAACAUCCAAUGGAUGACCCAAUCAAGUUAAAUUGUGGACAUUCUUUUGAUAGGAAAUGUUACACCCUCAGGGAGAAAUUGAUUAUGCAGUUUCAACCAAAAGCGAAACUUUGCCUCAGUUGCUGAUCGAGCUAAUUCUAAAAUUGAUGCAGUCUUAUAGAACAUUGUCGUUAUUACUUAAGUGUAUCGACAUUCAAUUUUAUAAGAAAAAGCAAUUUAAGAAACACGAGUAUAUUAAUCUUAACUUUAUCUAUUUUGUAAUACGAAGUUUUAUUCGAAAAAUAAAAAACCGACUAGUUGUGGAG